GCCUACGCCUUCUUCUUCCAGCUCCCCCCCUCCGUCCCGUAUUAAUAUCCCGACGUCUACAAUGCAGUUUAAGACCGCAACCCUCCUCGCUGUUGCUGCUGUCGCGGUGCAGGCCGCGCCCGACGGCUUCCAGACGUUGACACUGCCCAGCGGGACGACUACUCUCGUCGUACCCACGGGGACUGUGUCCAUUGAUGUCGUGCAGUCCUUCCUCAACUCGCACUCUGCGGCAUUCGAGACACUUGUGGGGACACAGAGUCUGCUGCAGGCAGAGGCAUCCCUCGCCGCCGCGGAAGCCCUGCGAGGUAUCGGCACUGCGACUCAGCUCACGACUGUCGUAACGACCAUCAACUCUACGCCGAUCGUGAAGGUCUCUUCCAUCGGCGGCAACCAGGAGAUCACCAUCGCCACGGGCACCGCCGGUGCCACCACCAUAUUCGGUGGCGAGGUAUUCACCGCUGCGCCAAACGCGGCGCAGCCGCUUGCCAGCAUUCCGCGCGCGAUGUGGGCCGGCGCCGGGGCGGUUGUCGGUAGCCUCGCCCUUGGCGCUGCUCUCGUCCUCUGAGUUGGUAUAUCUCUGGCGUCCGAGUCCGAUGUCGUAGUAUGCGCCUCAACGUGUUGAUGAGUCCCCAUGCUUGUUUUUUCUUGGACAUCUUUAGUCCAGAUAUAUUAUACCCUGGGAUGAUAUUCAAGUUCGUAACAAUGGUUGUUACUCCUGCG